CGUCUCGCCUGAAAUUAUACAUUUUGCUCCAUGGCGCCCAUUCAGGACGCAGAGGCCCUAUCUAUAUACCUGAAUGAUCUGCAAAACCAAGUUCGAGGACCUACAUCGUCUCUCGCAGCCGCAGUGCGUGUCCUUGCAGAGCCACUGUCGUUCCUUGGUGUGCUCGUCUUCACUACAGGGAGCGACUAUGUGAGGGAAUUACCUCCGCAAUGGGCAGGGCCUGUGGAACCUACACCUGCUAAACAGCUCUAUUUUAUUCAACACCUCCUUCCAAAUCAUCUCGACUUUAUCUUAGACAAUAUUACUAUUGACUGGUUCAGUGCGUUGCCCUCUGCUCAGCAGACGUCUCUCUUUGAUGCGUAUUUUGUCUCGUCCUCUAGGCGUGUACCAAUAGAUAGUCAUGAGCAAGACCAAGGGCAACAAGAGCACCAGAAGAAACACAUUCGGCCCAUGAUGUCUGUUGUCUCUUUACAAAUAUUAGUGAGCAGGAUCCAUGGGCGACAGUUUCAAGAGAACCAUUCGUUCUUGAACGCAACAAUCUUGCGGCUAUUGAAAAAAUUGUUGGAGACUAUUUCACUACAGGAUUUCUACGUGGGUUGCUCACUAUUCACAUCACCAUCAGGAGCGGUUGAGACAAGAACGAGUGUGGAAUAUGAUACGCUAUGGGACACGUUUCUCUCCAAGCUGUUUUCUAUCCCAACACGAGUGUCCAAUGCUUUAGGAGGAGCUACGCCUACCAGAGUAGAAAUUCAAGAGUGUUUUCAGGAGGCGAUAUUUUAUCAGCGAUUCGCAUCUCAACUCCAAUCUUGUCUUGACGAUAUAGCUGCAGAAACAACAAAAGAUGGAGAGGAAAUGAACAUGCAGAAGAAUCACACGGUUGCCUAUACACAUCGCGCAAGAGCAUUCGGAUCUGUGAUUGCGAAAUUCCUACGCCUGGGAUAUGGAAAAAUCCUUGUCGAAUCUUUGGUUUCAACACUAUGGGGGAGGAAUCAUUCCUUGAAAGCAGCUGGAUGGAAGCUAGCUUUGGCACAUUUGUCGUCUCCAUCUAUUGCUCAUCUCUUUUUAGGGGCUCUUGUAGAGUACUUAGAUCGACAUCAGCUUAAUUUUAAACAGGGUAUCAGAGGGUCUAUGACUAAAGGCACGGGUACUACUUCAACCUCAGCUCAAUCUCAGCUCGCAGCAGUCCAUAAUGCUGCCAAUAUGAUUAAGUUGAUUGGAUUUGGAGCAGGGCAGCAGUAUAAAGAUGAGAAGAGUAAUAGUAGUAGUAGCAACAGCGAAAGCGGAGAUAAAAAUCAGGAUGCGGGCAGCGAGGCUAUUGACCAAGUGCUAUUUCAGGGCCGAGUCUACGGGGUCGGUGUUCUGCGAAUGCUGAUUUGCAUACAAAGUGGCUGGCCCACAAAUGCACACGCAAAUAAAGAUUCAGUACUUUUAAAGACAUUUAAAAAAGCACUUACGAUUUGGUCCGAUCCCAUGUUUAUAAGCCAUUCAUCUGUUGACUACCAGAAAUAUAUUUCAUACCAAAUACUGCUUAUGCUUGGGUACUUCAGCCCGCAGGUGUUAAUCGAGGCGGACCUAAUCCCAGUGUUUGGCGCGGGCGUCAGCAACUGGCUCGAAAUGGAGAGCUUUCAACGGAAACAAAUCGGCCUUAUUGUAGCAGAAGAGUUCUCUAAAGCAGUAGACACGAUAGGCGCCCCUGCAGAUUUUGAUCUUGAUAUUUCUGACCCUGAAAUUCAGUUUUCACGAUCGCUUGUUCACCUCAAGGAUGGAGCCCAACCUUAUAAACCUGAAUGUCCUUCUAGCUCAGAGAGCGCUGAAGACUCAAAUGAGGAUAGCGUGCUUGAAGAUUUCCAUGAUAUGCAUGUCAGCGCCGGAGGGUUCAACGAUUCUGAUGAUGAAGAAGAUCCGGAUGCAAUUGUAGAGUCAUUUUCGGUAACAAAUACGUACGGCGGCGAUAGUGAUAGUAUUAAUAGUGACGAAGAUGACUUGAAGCCUUAUGCAAUGGAAUACGAGUCUGAUCCGGAUGAGGAUAUGGGGCCAGCCAAGAAAGCUAAAGUCGCUGCGCCUCUGUAUCUCAGGGAUCUCGUGUCGUAUCUCCGUGCAAGCGAAGACCGCGAUAAGAUUGAUAUUGGACUACGGACAGCUACUGAGUUAAUUCGUCGCAAGACAGGCAGUCUUGAGUUGGAGGAAUUUGCGGAGAUAUUGGCUAAUGUGCUCGUAAAUUUGAUGGACAACUUUGAGCUGCCAAAUUUUUACAAGAUGCGAGAGAAUGCUUUAGUGGCGCUUGUUGUCACAUCACCAGUCAUUGUAGCCGGAGUAUUGACGUCCCAGUUCUAUGAAAAAAAGAACUCGUUAGGUCAAAGACUUAACAUUUUAACGGCAUUAACAUUGGGUGCUAAAGAGCUUGCUGGCUUUGAUCGUCCCACAGAUUCCUCGAUAUCGAAGGCACCUCAGAAAAAGCAUCCAUACUCGCCUUCAGGGACUACAGCGGCUUCUUCCACCUCAACACUUAUAGCUCAACAACAGCCAGCAACAUUUAGCUCAGUUGUAUCCAGCAUCUCUUUAGAACGAACUAGACGAUUUUCCCGAAAAUCACAGAUCGAGGCGAGUCGUCCAGCGCCCAAAGCAAAUGCAUUUUCCAAUUUAGCACCUGUUUUCUUAGGCGGGCUUUUGGGCCGCUGGGGUGGAAAUCGAGGUGCGGGUAUGGAACGUGGUUAUGACGUGUUACAAAAGGCACCAGCGAUAUUACUGAAAAAGUUCGUAAUCGCUCUUGGAGUGCUAGUGCACUAUGCAGGGAAUUCACCUCAUUUACUUCCUAUUACAAGAGAGCUGUUCCAGUUCCUGCUUGCUCUUCGAUAUUACACACCCUCCGUACAGUCCAUGUCGGGCCCACGUUCCACAUCCUCCUCAUCUUCAGCCUUUUCUGCGCCAUCACUUACUUCUCUCACACUGCCUAGGGAUAUUGAGAUCUCAACACGCCCGGGACCCACAGAAGGCACUGAGCUCGGAAUAGGAAGAGGGGGAGGGGAAUUAGGAGGGCCUUUAUCGAAUUUGUUAUCAACAAGAUCGCAGCAAUAUAACCCAGAUCUGCUUGAGAGUAUCUUGUUUGAUUUACUCAUCCUAGUGACACCAUCCUCUACAGCUUUAUCAGAUAGCUUGUUGCUACAUGAAUUUUAUGCCGAGAUUAUGGAAUGUCAGCAAUGGGCAAUGGAGCUUUGGGAGAUCUAUAAGCUCGAGCCAGGAGAGACUGGUGAUGAUGAUAAAUCACGCAUGUAUUGUGCAGCACUUCUACAGCGUUGUUUUGAGUUAGUAGAGGUUUCAAUGUAAUUAAAGUAGCUCUUUUUCAUAUUUUAAAGC